AUGAUUCCGCUUGAAGAGGAGGCUCUAGCGGCAUGGAUGAUGGGGGCUAUCAUGCUCCAGUCUCCGCCUGGAUUUUUGGUGUGCACGCACCCGAGGGCUACGCGAGUUGUAAUGCUUGAUUUUUUCGAAGAGUACCGGGAAGGGAAGGUCAUUGCGAUUGUCCCUCCGUACGUGCGCAUGCCUCAGUACAUCGCCGAGAAAACGUUGCUACUCCAGCUCUUGGAACGCAGUGAGGGGCAGACGGAGUCCGAUGUCAUGAGUCGGGAAUUGGUCAAGGGCGCCAAGCGGACCAGUUACGAUGCCGAAACGAGGCGACUGACUUUCAUUAUGCCGGAUCAAGCGGCAGCAGCAAGCUGGCAUGCAAAGAUGAUUUUGUUUCGCGGAAAGCGUCUUAAGCUGUUGUGCCCGGCCACUAUGGAGCGCGAAGACAUUACUGCUCCUUCGCUAUUAGCCACGUCAAGCGGUAGACACCAAUUGCAAUACCAAGUCCGGAUUUUGGUCAAUGGAGUGGCGGCAAGCACGGUUCAAGCUAUAUUUGCGUCUAGUGUGGCUUGUACGGUCACAUCCGUGUCUCGUGGGUGCCCACUCGGCUCGGAGGCAUAUGAUUCCAACUUUUUCGUGGCAACUUUUGACAUGGUGUCAUGUCCCGAGCAACUCAAGCUGGUCACGCACAUCGCAACAUCCGAAACGGAGAUCUUUCUCCACCAUUUUCGUCACUUUCAACGCGUUCCCUGUUUUUCCUGCUAUUCGCCAUAUCACUCGAGUGCUAAGUGUGGUGGACGCAAAGGCGCUUUUCAAAUUCAGCAUCACCGAGAAUUUACUGGUAUUCCAAUAGCUCCUCCUCACGUCAGUGGGUUGACUUUUAACCACUUGGACGUUGCCGGUCGCCUGCAGCAUGUCUCUGGACUGGCGGAUACUUUGGUGGCAACCACGGCGAAAUUAAAGGCUGAUGGCAACAAGGCCCCACUGUUAAGUGAGGUCUCGCAGGUACCUCCUUGUGCUGGGCAGUCGUCAGUUCCGAACAUGUCUCCGCUUGCCGGUGGACAGGCCGUUCGGGGCGGGGCUACUCGCGUCAGUGGUCCAAUGACGAACGAGUGGUUCGAUCCUGGAGCGAACAAGAAAAAGAGGGAUGUGCGCCCCGCAGAUGUUCCGGCUAGUCGGGCAACAGGACCUGCUGUGAAGCUACCCAAGCAUCCGCAGUUCAACAAAGAUGGAGGUGCAAGAAAGUCACCACUCCCGAAGUCGAAGGCUGUUGCCCAAACUAUUUCCACGAACACGGUCGCUGACAAAAAGAAACCACCUCAACAGACUAAGGCAACUGUUCGUCAAAAAGGGCAAUCGACCACGGUCCAUUCUUCGCCACCACCCUCCGCUUCUUCGAAGGCGGACACCCAGCGCACGCUGGCGAUUCGGGAACUGGACCACAUAUUGAGUGGUGCUCAUGAGGAAGUUGCAGAACCUGCACCUAUUGAUCCGGGGGUCGAUUCGGCGCUGCCUUCGACGAAUUUAAAAGAGGCGACCCUUGAGGCCGUUCGAUCGCAAGUAGCAACCGCACAAAAAACGGUCGAGGAACUUAAUUUAGCAGCCGAAGAGAAGCAGCGCGCGGCAGACACCACGAAAUCAUGUUACUUUGCGGCUCACGCUCAGGCACUCGAAGUGGCUAUUGCUACUGAGAAAACGAGUAAUAGAGAACCUACUUCUCCUGAAGAAGUCAGUGAGGAAUUGCUGAGGAUGGAGUACGAAUACCGCACCGCAGGUGCGACGGCGAACCGAGCGAAUGCGGAUGCAACGAUAGCAGCGAAAACCCUCGAAACACUGACACGUCGGUUGGCAAAGAUUACACCGAAACCGAAGCCUGUGACCGAAGAUACGGCCCCGCAAGAUGAUACACCACCUCGCGAGAUGCCUACGGAGAUGGCAGCAAGAAGUAGAGAGCGGAUUCGGUCCAUGAUACAACGCUUGUUGGAUUCGUAUGUGCGCCGCAAACGGGGUGUACCAAGUGAGCCGAUCGAUAAACCUCUUGGUACGGUACCUACCGCGAAGGCGCCUCGUGAUCCCGGUCCACCGGAUCUACCGCCGAUGUGCCCCCCAGAAUCGGACGGGCAGCGUCCCCAAGAUCUCGAUGUUACUAUGGAGGAGAGCACGGUUACGUUCGGGAACACUAUGUGCUUGAAUGAUUUAAAUGGAGGGGCAGUUACUCCGCCUCCCUGUGCCGCUAGUGUACCUAUUCCAGCGGAUCUAGCCAAGGCAAUUGAGGAAGAGCUUAAGGCCUCGUCUGGAGUUAUCGACGUUUCCGACACGGGUGCCUCUAGUUUAUUAACACGUCCUACCGCUAGCAUGGGUGGUCUCUGUACGCAGGUAGCGGUCCGGUCCCCGAUGGAACAAUGUCGCGCUCCCGAUCCUCACGAUCAGACUUUACGCGCAACAAGGAUUCGCAAAAUUCCAGAUAGCGCAUCUGCUGCGGUGGCGGCUGCUGCAGUGCCGGAGAGCAUGAAACAAAUUUCAUUGAACACAGCGGCGAUUCGCAAAUGGGUUAGCCUGCACAAAGCGAUGGCUGCACUACCGACUACAAUGCCAGUUGGACCUAAGGGACAAAUGGCCUGGAUAAACGCGUGCUCCUUGGACUUGGCGGGACUCGUCUGUGGACUACCUUAUCCUGUUGCUUACCUUGCCUCGAUGUCGGGUGAAACCCUACGGUCUUUUGGACAUUCCAUCAACAGUGAAUCUCAACUGGCUGUAAUUCGGCGACACACCACACACGCAGAUGAAGAACUUCGCGAGCUGUGCAAGGGUUGGGCCGCCACGGCAGACGCGCAAACCGGUCAUAUUCGAUGGAGAACGACGGACAAUAUACAACGCUGGAGACGCUUUAGUAAGCUACAGCCCGAUUUGCUGUGCGCGACUGUCGUCGAACCGCUUUCUGACUUGGAUCAGUGGGGAGUCCUCAAUGUUCUGUGUUUAUUGCUCCCGAAGCUCGCACCUAUUGAGGUUAAGACGAACGUGGUAAUGCCGCAAACCAAGGCUGUACUAUAUCACCUCUCCAAAGAGAUGGUCAACUGCUGGACUCUAGGUGCUGAGGGCGUCUCGGCUGAGCUAGAGGAUGCAUUGUCGCGGCACAUGCCACAACGUCGUCAAAGACGCCUUUUUAAGACCUCAUGUAUUCCACGCGACAACAGCAUAGGUAUCCAUUCGCAGAAUGUCGCAGGAUUUCCCAAGAAUCCGGAACAUUGCGCAACUUGGUUCAGCCACUUCCGACAGAGCGAAGCCAGGGGAAUCAUCGAUUUGGUCCUUUUACAGGAAACGCGGGUCACUUUAGGUGAGGCAGCUCCUCUGGACAAGCUUUACAACUCCUCCUGGGGAUUCGUGCACAAACUCGGACGCUCGUUGUGGACCGAGUCCGAGUUCUCUCGUGGAGGUGUGGCUAUUUUAUUAAACCCAUACUCAACAAUUACGGAAAUGGUUCCAUGGUAUGAGGAUCAAUGGACACAGCAUUGGAUGGCUGUCCGGGUCUGCCUAAUGGGCGAAACAGUUCUUGUUGUAUACGUUUACGCCCCAAGUACCAAGACGGAAAGAGAGGCGCUGUUCUCGAGCCUUCUACUUAUUCUUCAGGGAUACGAAGGACCCAUGUUUGUUGGAGGGGACUUCAACUGUACUUUGGAGCCGCGACUUGACCGUUCUUUUGUCUCGCCGCCAGGAAGACAUGAUUCCUUGGCGCUUCGGCGGCUUCUCGGCCGAGUGCAGCUUAGCGAUGUUCAUGAUGGUGAUCUGGAGAUGGCCGAAGAAGAAAGAGAUGUACCGGCGUUUCAUGCGGCCUCUCACACUUAUUUCUACACUCUUCCGGGCGGUGGAUUGGCUAGUUCCCGACUGGAUCGGUGGUAUGUGAGCUCUCGCCAUGCUGAUUGGAUUCGUGGCGUUGCUUUGUCAGUUCCUGGUCCAGCAGCUGACCACAAUGGCAUCAGUAUCAGGAUUGGAGUGCCGCGUUAUGUGGUCCGUGUACGUAAGCCGAGGCACGUGUACCCUGUUCCAGGUUGUGCAAACACAGCCGCGCAUAAAGCAAUUGUUGCGGCCAUUAAGCUGGCACAGCUUAAAGCGGACGAGACUCUUUCUGUUCCGCCGUCGGACUAUAUCACGGCCCGUAGAUUGGCCGACUGGUGGGAUGAAUGGAAGAUCAGGCUUCGCAAAGUUCUUUUGGCGACGACCAAGACCGCGCGUCAAGGUAUGACAACAAGCUAUCGGCAGCGGCUCCGUCGGCUCUAUGUAAGACUGGACGCAGCUCUAUUGGUGGCGCGUACACUUGAUAACUCACCACCAGGAGCUCAUAAGGACUGCAACAAGCCUAGCACCACCGAUACUCCGGUUGGACUGCGGCGUAAUGUUGCGGAGUGUCGACGCUUAUGGCAGAGAUCCAAACAAGAGCGCCUUCUUGUUCAACACACGUAUACUCCUGGAGAAACAUCUCGACGUUUUUUCGCCCGGGUGGCGACUAUUUUUCAAGACAACACCAUUGUUUCUUUGGGCGGAAAGGCUGCAUACGGGCCAAAUCAUUCUCAAGAGCUGGCUGAUGAAAUGGCGGAUGGCUGGGAGCGUAUUAUGACUCAUUCCUUUGCCUGUCCCGACGCUACCGCCACUUUUCUUUCCCGGGCAGUCCCGCCAGGACCUGUUGAUGACACUACUGUGAUGUCGGCCGUUUCCCCCGAUGACGUGAGUGCGGCUUUAAAUAGGCUGAAACGUGGGAAAGACGCGGGACCGGACGAAAUUAACAACACAUUUUACAGAGAUUACGCGGAAGCGCUCAGUCCAGUACUCGCUACAUUCUACACCAGAUGGCUUACGUGCAGCGUGUUCCCGUCUUCCUUCGGUGAAGCGAACAUUCAGUGUUUGAAGAAAUCUGCGUCCUCCGCCUUGCCGCUCGAUCAUCGCCCGAUUGCUCUCCUCAACAGCGACUACAAGUUAUUUACCAAGAUUCUUUCGUUUCGGCUCUUGACAUUUUCGCGACGGUACGCAAAGCUGCGACUUUGGACAGCAGCCUACAUGGAGCCAUUGUGCUACUUCUCGAUUUUGCCAAGGCUUACGACACGUUGCAACGUCCAUAUCUGCUUUCCGCUCUGA